AUGCAAUCCUUGCUCAAUGUUCUGCUUCUCUUCACUACUUACCUCAAUCUAGUCGCUGCCUGGGGCUCACUCGGUCACCGAACAACUACAGCUCUUGCCCUCCUUUACAUUCCACAAGAUCACCCAGCAGAACUACUCCUGCAAACCCUCCUCCACGGUCAAGAUCCCACCACUGCCGCUCUCUUCCCAGAUCGUAUUCGAUAUAUCCCUUCCUUCGCGUACACCGCACCAUGGCACUACAUCGACGCCCUAGACAAUCCACCACAUCAAUGUGGCAUCAACAUAACGCGUGAUUGCCUGCCCGAAGGCUGCGUGGUCAGCGCAAUCGCCAACCAUACAGAUCGCGUCGCUAGUCCCAGUCUACCCCUGUGGCAGCGCGGACAGAGUCUCCGCUUCAUGCUGCAUUUCUUUGGGGAUGUACAUCAGCCUCUACAUACCGACAUUCUGAGUCGUGGUGGGAACGAAAUCGAGAUCACGUUUGAUGGAGCUAAGCAUAAUCUGCAUAGUGUUUGGGACACCCUCAUUCCCAAGAAGAUUGUUGAGAUUGCGGGCGAGAAGAAACUGCUGAACAGCAACCAAUGGGACCUGAAGAAUGAGACUGAAGCUGCUUAUGCUUGGGCUGAAUUUCUCUACGCCAGAUAUAGAGGUUCUACCAUUGCCGAAGAAGUAUAUAGUGUGUGCACGCACGAUGCUGCAGAGUGUUCCUUGAGAUGGGCUAGUGAGGCUAACAAGUGGGUCUGUAAAUACGUGUUUGAAGGUGGGCUUGAAGAACUACAGAACAAAGACUUGGGAGGAGAAUAUUUUGAGGGUGCUGUGCCCAUCAUUGAAGAGAUGGUUCUAAAGGGUGGCAGGAGGUUAGCAAGGUGGCUUAUGAUGAUUGCUUGGGAUCUCAAGCAUGAAUUAGCAGAAACUAAGACCGACGAAAUGAUUGUACAAGAGCUAUAA